CGCCAGUUUUACGUCAUGACGUUUUUGCUGGCGGUAUUUUUGUUUGGCAGGAAUGGUGGUUAGCUAACCACGGGUGUAAUAUUCGCUCAAAAUAAAUUCUGUACGUGUUUUACCCCAUUUGUAUACUCCAACACCAUCAAAGCAAAUCGAAAUGGACCAGGACAUCCAGUCUGCUCAGUGUUCAGAGGAGGCAAAAGCAUUGUUGUUAGAUGAUUGUGAGGAACAGUUUGGACUGUUACAGAAGCUUCAAAAUGAGAUCAUUUUAGCAGACACUGAGACAAAUGAUGAUGAGUCAAAUGAGGCUCUGAAUCGCCUGAAUGCAAUUACAGCGGAGCUAGAGCAGUGGCAGGAAAUGGAUCCAAAAUUGCUGCCAACAAAUCCUGAAGUCUUAUUAGCUGUUGGAAAAGAAGAGUUGCAGACACUCAACAGUCAGCUUAAAAUGGUCCUGUCAUACUCGCAAGCAAAGCUGGAUGCUCUGAAAGAGAUUUUGAAAAGGGAACAGACAUGGCUUGCAGAGAAAAAAGAAGUGUUGAAUGCAGUGUCUGAGCGAGUCACCACAUUACGACAUGAAAACGAGAAGUUAUCAGAGCACAGUAUUUUGCAGGACAUGAAAAGAAAAAUUAACAAUUUAAAAGACUAUCACAGCAGCCUUAUGGAAACGCUGAGCGACAUGUUAGCUGAGCACUUCCCGCUUCCCGAUCCUCAAGGAAAUGGCACAAAGAAAAAAAGAGCUGCUGUGUAUGAUGCUGAUAUUAACCUUAUUUCACUGAGUGAGAUUAUUGAGAAAUUGACCAACAAAACAUUAGAAACUCCUCAUGACCCUUAUGUGACUACCGAUGACACUUUCUGGCCACCAUACAUGGAGAUGCUCCUUCGUAAUGGUAUUGCGAUAAGACAUCCAGAUGACUGCAAUAAGAUUAGGUUGGAAUUGUUUGUCUGAAUCUAAAGAGCAAUUGACUUUGAAUCUAAUUUAAAAAUGAAAUGUUAGCAUGUUUUGACUACAUGGUUAAAUGUCAAUGUUUCAUUUUUUCUUUAAACUGCACAACAUAAUUUUAAAUAAAACUUCUGUACUCUAAUCACAA